CGGAACCUGACUUCAUUCAGAAGCUGAAGCAACUGUAUGACACUUGCAUGGAGAUUCCUGGACCAGCCAGGAUUGGGGUUAUCACGCAACACCUGGCUCAGUGGAUUUAAUAGUUCCAUCACAAAUGCUUAUUUCAAACUAAUGGUGAAAGCAGCAAAUAAGUUGGGUGCAGAUAAACACACUUCCGAAGACGAACUCAGAGCAGUGCUCCAUUUCAUGAUUCAGCUCGCGAAUCUCACUGCGCCACAAGAGCAAAGACGGGACAUGAACGCCUUGUAUCACAAGUAUACUGUAAAUCAGCUUACACAGGAGGUGCCAAAGCAUAUACAGUUGGUAUAUCUCAUCUAGUUAGUCCGUGCAGAGACGAUCGAGUUGACAGCCGGUCAGCGAGUGCCGAGUGGGUCGUCGAGUGCAUCGAAGAGUCUCUUAGUCUAUCGCGGUUAGUGCAUCGUCG